AUGGGGUCGCUGUCGGAGCCGGUACGGGGGAUUCGCAUCGCCAUUGAUCGCGGCGGUACCUUUACAGAUUGCGUUGCAGCCGUACCUGGACAGGAAGAUAUACUCAUCAAGCUUCUGUCGGUAGAUCCCAGCAAUUACCCAGAUGCCCCCGUCGAGGCAAUUAGGCGGGUGCUGGAAAAGGCCACGGGGAGAUCAUAUCCGAAAGGACAAAAGAUUUCUCUAGAAGGAGUUGAAUCAAUCAAAAUGGGAACUACUGUUGCUACAAAUGCUCUACUCGAGAGGAAAGGAGAGCGGACGGCAUUUGUUGUCACCAAAGGAUUAAAGGACUUGUUACAUAUUGGCAAUCAGUCGAGGCCAAAGUUGUUUGAUUUGACGAUAAACAAGCCCGACGUUCUCUACUCGAAAGUAGUAGAAGUGCCAGAGCGUGUUACCCUCGAGGCUUGGACCGAGAGAAAAGUCCCCCAAGAAAUUGAUAUAGAGUCAGAACCUGCACUGAUCAGAGGUGUCACUGGUGAGGCAGUAAGGAUACUAGAACCUCUUGAUAUCGAGUCCACCAGAAAAUCCCUCCAAGAGGUAUACGACGAGGGUUAUCGCUCCGUCGCAAUCUGCCUCAUGCACAGCUAUACAUUCCGGGACCAUGAACUAGCAGUCGGCAAGCUCGCAGAAGAGAUUGGCUUUACCCACAUUUCGCUCAGCGCAGAGCUGUCGCCUACCGUGAAAAUCGUCCCGCGCGGAAACUCGUCGACUGCCGACGCCUACUUGACGCCCGAGAUCAAGCGGUACAUUGACGGGUUCGAGAGCGGCUUCCAAGACCUCAGAAAUAGCGGUUGCCGCUGUGAGUUUAUGCAGAGCGAUGGAGGACUGGUCGAGUUCUCGGGUCUCUCGGGUCUUCGCGCCAUUCUUUCUGGUCCGGCUGGAGGUUGUGUCGGAUACGCGAGGACGGCCUACGACGAGCAAGACAAGACGCCCGUUAUUGGGUUUGACAUGGGUGGUACCAGCACAGAUGUCUCUCGAUACGCUGGAAAGCUUGAACAGGUUUUCGAGACCACUACAGCAGGCGUCACAGUCCAGAGUCCACAGUUGGACAUCAACACUGUGGCUGCAGGUGGUGGUAGCAUCCUGACAUGGGAAGCCGGCAUGUUCAAGGUUGGCCCAGACAGCGCUUCAGCUCACCCCGGACCUGCUUGCUACCGGAAAGGCGGUCCUCUGACCGUUACAGAUGCCAACCUGGUGCUGGGCCGGUUGAGGCCAGAAUUCUUCCCCAAAAUCUUCGGCCCCAACGAGGACUUGCCACUCGACAUCGACGCCAGUCGAAGGUUGUUCGAAGAUAUUACAAAAAAGAUUAAUGAAGAAACUACUGUCAAGCUGACCCUUGAGGAGGUUGCUGCCGGCUUCCUAGACGUCGCAAACGAGAGCAUGUGCCGGCCGAUCCGCACUCUCACCGAAGCCAAGGGCUAUGAUGCUGGUCUUCACAACCUAGCUUCCUUUGGCGGCGCUGGUGGCCAACAUGCCUGCGACAUUGCCAGAAAGCUUGGCAUCUCUCGAGUGCUGAUUCACAAGUACUCUUCCGUUCUUUCAGCCUAUGGCAUGGCCCUCGCAGACGUUGUCCGUGAAGAGAGAAGUCCAUGCGCGUUGACCUACUCGGACGAUCGACUGGCCACCUUUUCUGCCGAGCUGGAUAGUCUCGAAGCCAGGGCGACUGCUGCAUUACUCGAGCAGCGGAUACAAAAGUCCAGAAUCACCUCGGAACGGUACCUGAACAUGAGAUUUCAGGGAAGCGACAAUCCCCUCAUGAUUCAACAGUCACCCGACCGGCCUGGAUUCCUUGACGCGUUCAAGACGGCACACCAGCAGCAAUUCGGCUUCCUGCCCGUGGACCGAGAUGUCAUAAUUGACGACUACCGGGUGCGGUGUAUUGGAGCUAGCACGGUCGACGUUGAAAAGCCGUGGAAGGCCGAGUUCACGACCUUGGGAGCAAUCGCCGUGACAGAAGCCAAGGAGACCAGAGACCUCUAUUUCAAGGAGCUGGGCUGGCACAAGUCACCCAUGCACUACCUGGGAGACCUUGCGCCGGGCUCCAAGAUUGCCGGCCCGGCCUUGAUCAUGGACAAUAAGCAGACCAUUGUCGUGACGCCGGGAGCCACGGCGACUGUUCUCACCAACAAUGUCGUGAUUGACAUUGAGGUGACCAAGAAGGAGGACAUUUCCUCGGAGCAGGCUGACCCCAUCCAGCUCUCCAUCUCUGGCCAUCGAUUCAUGGGCGUGGCGGAGCAGGCGGGUCGCGCGCUGCAAAAAACGAGCGUGAGCACAAACAUCAAGGAACGACUCGACUUUUCCUGCACUGUCUUUUCGCCCGACGGUGGCCUCGUCGCCAAUGCUCCGCACGUCCCGGCCAUGAUUGGCAGCAUGGCCUUUGCAGUCAAGUGGCAGAUUGAUUACUGGAAAGGAAAUCUCAAGCCGGGUGAUGUGAUUUUAUCCAACUCGCCAGUCUGUGGUGGUGUUCAUCUGCCCGAUAUGACGGUCAUUACUCCCGUCUUUGACGAUAAUGAAAAGAUUAUAUUUUGGACAGCGUCGAGAGGUCAUCACGCCGACGUUGGUGGUAUCCUACCCGGAUCCAUGCCGCCGAACUCGAAAGAGUUGUGGGAGGAGGGUGCCGUCAUCAAGUCCUUCAAAGUCAUUGAAGGCGGUGUUUUCAAGGAAGAUGAGCUCAUCGAGCUUCUCAUGGCUCCGGGAAAGAUCCCUGGAGUGUCGGGAACUCGUUGCUUGCGGGACAAUAUCUCGGACAUCAAGGCACAAGCUGCUGCCAACCACCGCGGAAGUCAGCUGAUUCACGGUCUCAUUGCCGACUACGGACUCAAAGUUGUACAGUUUUACAUGGGCGAGAUCAUUGGGGCAGCAGAGCUUGCCGUACGGGACAUGCUGAAGCGGAUAUACAAGUCGACGAAUGGCAAGCCGCUGGAAGCUGUCGAUUACAUGGACGAUGGUACACCUAUUCAGCUCAAGGUCACCAUUGACAAUGAGACUGGAGGUGCAAUCUUUGAUUUCGAAGGAACGGGUCCCGAAGCAUACGGUAACUGGAAUGCGCCCAUUGCCAUUUGCAACUCGGCGAUUCUAUUCGCUCUGCGCUGCAUGGUCAAUAUGGAAAUCCCAUUGAACCAGGGCGCCAUCAAGCCCAUCGAGGUCCUGAUUCCAGACGACUCGCUGCUCAAGCCGUCCGAGGAAGCGGCCGUGUGCGCCGGCAACGUCUUGACCUCGCAGCGCAUCGUCGACGUCAUCUUUAGAGCCUUUGGCACCUGCGCCGCGUCCCAGGGCUGCAUGAACAAUCUGACCUUUGGCACCGACGACCCGGAAAACGGCUUUGGCUACUACGAGACAAUUUGUGGCGGUGCUGGCGGUGGGCCGACCUGGGACGGCGUGAGUGGUGUCCACACCAACAUGACCAAUACGCGUAUCACGGACCCCGAGAUUUUGGAGCGCAGGUAUCCCGUCAUAUUGCGGCAGUUCUGCUUACGGCCCGGAAGCGGUGGUGCGGGUUUCCACCCGGGAGGUGACGGUAUCAUUCGGGACAUCGAAUUCUGCCUCCCCAUCAAGGUGUCGAUUCUCAGCGAGCGGCGGGCAUUUGCACCGUACGGCAUGGAAGGCGGCGAAGAUGGAAAGCGGGGUCAGAACCUCUGGGUCAAGAAGAAUGGCCGUGUGAUAAAUCUGGGCGGCAAGAAUACCGCCAUGAUGAAUGCCGGGGACAGAAUAGUUGUGCAGUCUCCGGGCGGAGGAGGCUGGGGUGAGCCAUCACUGGUAGGCGGCAAUGGAUUGGUCGGGUCUGUGGCCAAGUCGAUUCAAAAGACUUUCCAAGGCGUCGCCAGUGGGACGGUCAGCAUGAUUCAGUCCAUGGGAGAGUCGGCAUAG